AUGGCCACGUACGAACAACACGCGAGACCAGAGUUGGUGUCUUUUGACGACAUCAACUACGAGAACUACGCCGAGGUCCAGAAGGCCAGAACUUCUAUGAUGAGAGAACAGUGGAUCAGAAAUGAGGAGCUCAGAAUCACCCACGAGGCAUUGAGAAGGUGUAAGCAGUACCACGGCAUCGAUGCCCAGAGAAACUGCAGACCUUUGAUCUUGAAGUACAUGAAGAUGAUUGAAAACUACCCCUUGCAGGGCUACUUGGGGUACCAGAAGAACGACCCAUCGCAAAACUACGCUACUUUGAGAGACAUUGAGAUGCGUCUUAAGUCGAUUAAGAACAUCGAGAAGAUCACCAACACCAUGAAGAUCGUUGCUUCCACCAGAUUGAACAAGGCCCAGAGAGCCAUGCAGGCGUCCAGAGUGUUCAACGAGUCUGACGCUGAGUUCUACAAGAACACCGAGCCAGAGACCUCCAAGGAGGACAAGACCUUGUUGGUCGUUGUUUCUUCCGACAAGGGUUUGUGUGGUUCCAUCCACACUCAGAUCUCCAAGGCUGCCAGAAGAAGAAUUGAGGAGUUGAACGGCAACGCUGACAUUGUCGCCAUUGGUGACAAGGUCAAGGCUCAGUUGUCCAGAACCCACGCCGACAAGUUGACUUUGGCCUUCUCCGGUGUUGGUAAGGAGGAGCCAACUUUCCACGAGGCUUCCGCCAUUGCCGACGAGAUCGCUACUUUGGGUAAGUACGAGAACACUGAGAUCAUGUACAACAAGUUCGUGUCCGGUGUCUCUUUCGAGCCAUCCACUUUCACCGUUUUCACCGCCGACGCUAUCGAAAAGGCUCCUGGCUUGAGCAAGUACGAGUUGGAGACUGAAAACACAUCUGAGGACUUUGCCGAAUUCUCCUUGGCUAACUCCAUCUUGACCGCCCAGGCUGAGGGUCACGCUUCCGAGAUUUCUGCUAGAAGAAACGCUAUGGACAAUGCCUCCAAGAACGCCGGUGACAUGAUCAACUCCUACUCCAUCUUGUACAACAGAACCAGACAGGCUGUUAUUACUAACGAAUUGGUGGAUAUCAUUACUGGUGCUUCUUCUUUGGACUAA